CGGCAGGUCGCUAUGGAAACUGCGUUACGCUCCGGGCGGCCGGAGGAGAAAACAAGAGCGCGAGGAGUCAUUUCAGUCUUCAUUUCAGCACCACGCGAGCUCCUGGACAGCGCCCGGAUGAACUCGCGCACAGAUUUUAUCCUCAUAUGCCUUAUAAGAGAUAGAGCCGCAUCAGCACCAAGCCUAACCGGAGUGGGUGGUAGGCACUUUAAAAGCAAAACGACCCCACGUACAAGAGACACAGACUCUCCGGUACUGAAGCUCGGUGGACCAGGUCCAGGUUUCGUUCUACUGCCAAGCUAGGAGCCAGUCGCUCCCUCAAAUGCCACAGCAACAGGGCAGCAGCAUGUCUGAAACUAAAUCCAGUCAGCGGUUCCACAGCCUCAACACUGAGCAGGUCGAGGUUCUCCAUCAGGUUUUGUCAGAGGUGGUUCCAAUCCACGGCCGCGGGAACUUCCCCACGUUGGAGUUGCGUCCCCGAGACAUCAUCAUAGCCGUGCGGGCCCGGCUGCAGAAGCUGGGAAUCACAGUCAGAGAUGUUCGCCUGAACGGCUCCACGGCCAGCCACGUCCUCGUCCGAGACAACGGAACCAGCUACAAGGACCUGGACAUCAUCUUUGGAGUGGAGUUGCCCAGUCAGGAGGAGUUCCAGGUGAUCAAGGAGUCAGUGCUGGGCUGCUUGCUGGACUGCCUACCUGCUGGGGUCAACAGGGAGCGGAUCAGCAGCGCCACAAUGAAGGAGGCCUACGUCCAGAAAAUGGUCAAGGUCUUCACUGAGCACGACCGCUGGAGCCUCAUCUCGCUCUCAAACAACAGUGGCAAAAACCUGGAGCUCAAAUUUGUGAGCGUGCUGAGGCGGCAGUUUGAGUUCAGCGUUGAUUCCUUCCAGAUCAUCCUGGAUCGUCUCCUGGAGUCCUACAUGCAGCAGGAGUCUCCCCAUAAGAACAAUACCGUUGAUCUAAUGGGCCCGCCUGCAGCCCAUCAGAAUAAAGACUCUCCCUCUUUGCUCCAACAGGCCACUGCUCCGGAAACAGAGAAGACCUCUGGUAGAGACUCAUCCAGCAAAGAGGGGUCACAUAUCAGCCAGACACAACAGAGAGAUGAGGUGCAUGAAAAGGAGUCCCAGACAGAACUCUCACAACACACUGAACAUUCAAACCAGACAAAAGACUGCACAGUUGAAAAACACAACAAAGAGAAAACAGCCGUGGAGCUGAAAGAAGUGUCAGGACACAGAGAUACCUUCAAUGAGACGGACUCCUCGGACCAGACGUCUCCAAACCUUUUGUCAGAAAAGAAACAAACUUCUGAGAAAGCUGAACCACCAGCUCAGAUUGAACUCAGACACGAGCCAGAGCUCUCUGACAUGUCCAAAUGUUUGACAGAGAUAGAACAGUCAGAGCAAACCAAGACAUGUGAUGGCCAACAACCAGCACAUUCAAAUCACAAGGAACUCUCUGCCCACAAUGAACAAUCCAACCACACAAACCCCCCUGAUGAAUGGAAUGCACUUACAGAGCAAACGGGACAGUCCGAGCCGCCGAAGAGCUCAAACAGAACCCAGACAGAGUCUCCAAACCUGGCAGAAGAACGUCACAGCGAAGACUUCCCUGAGUGUUUCAGUGAGGAUCAGAGGAGCGAUGAGAAAGACAAAACACAACAUGCAACGGCUCCAGACUCCAGCACAUCUUCGCAUGCAGAGACGGAGACACAGUUAGCAGGUGAAAGAAAAGUCGAAACAGAGACUGGUGAGCAAGGACAGAGAAAAAAGGAGACAGAAAUAAGUGAAAUGACAGAAGAGAUUUUAGCAUCAGAAGCUAAAAACGUAGAAGACACACAGAGUAUUGAUUGUUCCUGCUCCACAUCUUGCAUAUCCCUCACACUUUACAACACAGAGCCUGCUGGCACACAUGAUACACCGGAGAUCCAUGGCACACUACACACAGAUAAAUCAGAUAAAACACCUAACACACUUGAUGCCGUCAGCCCUCCAGAUACUCAGGAUAAUUUACCUGCACCAGCCAGCCUUGUUUCUGACAAAAAGACCUCCUCUUCUCCCUCUUGUAAGGCCUCAGAGAGACUUUCUCACAUGGUGGUGCUUAAACACUCUUCUCCCAAACCCCCUCGCAGGAUGUGUAGGAAGGUAACCCCCAAUCCGUACCCCAGUCCAGUCUCUGAAAGCGAACUUGUCAUAGAGCCCUGUCUGGUUCCAAACCCCUGCCCUAGCCCUGAACCGGAACCUGAAUCUGAACCUGAACAUGAGGUAGCCUUUGAUCCAGAGCCAACAGCUCCCAGUUCAGAACCAACCAGUUUUUCUACUGAAACAAACCCUGGGCCUGAACCAACCCCUUCCAGUAACCUAGCUUCCAACCUAGACCUUACCUUAGCCCCUGAUCCAGCCCCUGAUAUAAUCUUCACCUCUGCUGUGGAUCCCAUGUCUGCUUUACCUCAAGAGCCCCCACCGCCUCAGCUAAUCACAGAGAGAUCAUGUGAGACAAGUAUUCAGAGCGUGAAAGAGUCCCCAUCUACACAUGUGGCUUGUGAUGAGCAAAGCCAGCCCUCCCCUAGUGAAACCGCCUGUGCACCCAAACAAUCAGAGCCUCUUGACUCAGUGGACACGUUAGUUUCACACACUGAUACGUCCCGCUCAAACACCCCAGAUCCUGUACAUACCUCAGAAGUUGAGCUCAGUGAUGAAGAUGAAAUCAGAGAACCACAAACCAAAAAGAUGGACUUGAGUCAGCCAAACGGCUGCCAACAAGAGACCACACACAGUUCUCCCUCCUCUUCCCAAUGUGUCACCCCUCCCGUUUGCUGUCUCACACCUCCUGUACUCAGUCUUUCCCCUCCCUGCUUCACUCCCUCGCCCCCCAGCCUCAGCCCUCCCCCAUGUCUGACCCCUCCCUCUCACUGCCUCGCAUCUCUGCCACUGAACACCGUCAGCCCUGCCACAAGCUUCAGCUCUCCACCCCUGAGCUUGAGCCCUACCUCAUCCUGCCUCAGCUCACCUCCUUACCUCACCCCUCCAAUGCUUAGCCCCAGCCCUCCUCCACUCUGUCUUAGCCCCCCUUCUCUCUGCCUCAGCCCUCCUCUCCUCUGCCUCACUCCGCCGGUGGAGUCAGAGGACCUUGUACCUCAGGUAUCUUCAGACACGGAGCCUUUGAUAGCGAACACAGACAGCGAGGAACAGAUUAAAGAGUCCUCUCCCCAGCCAGGAAUUCCUCUCCUACAGUUGGAGGAUAUAAAGGAAAAAGAUUAUAUCUCAUCGUUGCCUCGGGUUGCAGAGCCUGUCUCUUUUCCAAUCACUAUCCCGAGCUCCAACUCACAUGUGCUGCCUCUCUCUCCGUCUGAAGGCCCAGGGGAAUCCGGCCCUCCAAAAGCCGACGAGGCACCGAGCCCUGUGCCUGGGAGAAAAGAGGCCCCUAAGGUACCCGCAGUCGUGCCUGAACAGAGCAGUGCGCCUCAAACAUCUUGCUCGGUCCCUGCUGUCGAGGUCCUGGCAGAGAGCAUGUAUGGUGACUUUGAGGCGGCCAUGGACCACCUGCGCUACCGCCUAAUCGCUACCAGGAAUCCUGAGGAGAUCCGAGGUGGCGGCUUGCUAAAAUACAGCAACCUGUUGGUCAGAGACUACCGACCGGCCAGCGAGACUCAGAUAAAGACACUGGAGCGCUACAUGUGCUCACGCUUUUUUAUCGACUUCCCUGACGUGCAGGAGCAACAGAGGAAGAUCCUGUCCUACUUGAAGAACCACUUUAUCGGCGAGGAGAGAAGCAAGUACCAGUACCUGAUGACGCUGCGUCGUGUGGUCGACGACAGCACAGUGUGUCUGAUGGGCCAUGAGAGGCGUCAGACGCUGAACAUGAUCACGGUGCUGGCACUGAAGGUUCUCGGCGAGCAGAACAUUAUCCCUAACACAGACCAUGUAACGUGCUUCUACCAGCCCGCUCCGUACAUGGCUGAUCACAGUGCCCCCUAUUUAGCAGAACCCAGCUACUGCAGCUACUACAUACCCCAAGGGGGAUCAACUCUGCUUUACCAACCGUACCCCUUGCACCUGCACACACAGACUGGACUAGUCUAAAACACACACACAAACACACGUGAUUACACAAAACACACAAUCGAGCAAGGGGAAGGUGCUUUCCACGAGGAAAGAGCUGGAGAAUGGAAAUAUAAUCCAGGGAUAAACUGUUUGGUCUAUAAUAGACCUAUGGGGGUGGGAUUGAGUGGGUUUUUACAGUAAACUCCCUGAGUACUCUGUAAGGUUCUAAUAUGAUUAUAUGUAAUUAUCUGGGCUUUGUGGGAAAAUAAUAAUUCUUCCGAUAUUGUUAAAAUUCCAGAAAAUGCUUUAUGCACUGCAUGAGUCAUAGCCCUUUGGUCUCCCUGGGAAACCAACUGUGCUGUUGACAUUCACACACAUGCACGGACACACUCCCACACACACACACACACACACACACACACACACACACACACACACACACACACACACACACACAUGUACAGACACA